AUGGGUUCCGUCAGUCCGAACGAUGCCUUCUGGGCCAAGCACGACAAGUAUCUAAUGUCGACAGGUGUGCCUCCUUGCCCCGUCGUAAUCACGAGCGCCAAGGGGACACGCUUAUACGAUGCGUCCGGCCGAUCCAUCCUAGACUUCACCUCGGGCCAGAUGAGCUCGCUGCUAGGCCACUCUCAUCCGGAGAUCGUCGAGGUGGUACGGCAAUCCGUCGGCGAGCUAGACCACCUCCUCUCAAACAUGGUCACUCAGCCAGUGGUCGACCUCGCCGAGCGCCUUGCGAAGUUCCUACCCCGGCCGCUGGAGAAAUCAUUCUUCCUGAACACGGGGUCUGAGACGACCGAGGCUGCUAUCAAGAUGGCAAAGCUGUACACGGGCAAAUUUGAGAUUGUGGCGUUCAGCGCAUCUUACCACGGCUUAACCUCUGGUGCUGGAAGCGCGACAUAUUCCACUGGUAGAAAGAACGCCGGCCCUGCGAUGCCAGGCCAGCUUGCUUUCCCAGCGCCGUAUGCUUACCGGUCAAUAUUUCGCAAGGCGGACGGGACUUAUGACUGGGAGAAGGAACUGGACUUCGGCUGGGCGAUGAUUGACCGACAAUCCGUGGGAUCCCUGGCGGCCUUCAUCUUGGAGCCGAUCUUGUCCACCGGUGGAAUCUUGGUGUUGCCCAAGGGUUAUCUCGCACGUAUGGCCGCUGAGUGCCGGAAACGCGGGAUGCUGCUCAUCAUGGACGAAGCGCAGACCGGUGUCGGCCGGACAGGGAAGAUGUUUUGCUUUGAGCAUGAGGAGGGUGUGGUGCCGGAUAUCCUGUGUCUAUCAAAGACUUUAGGCUGCGGGUUGCCGCUGGCCGCUGUGAGCACGACUCCUGAGAUCGAGAGAGGCGUUAGAGAGUCAGGAUUCCUCUGGCUGACCACCCACCUUAACGACCCGCUGACUGCGGCAGUGGGAUCUAAGGUUCUUGAGAUUGUGGAGAGGGACGGCAUUGCGGAGCGCGCGGCCAAGAGGGGAGAGCAGCUUCAUUCGGGGCUGCUGAAGCUGCAACAAAAGUAUUGGUGCAUUGGUGACGUUCGGGGUAUAGGACUGAUGCAGGGAAUUGAGAUCAUCUCAGACAAGGAGGCAAAGACGCCAGGAACUGAGAUAGGACAGGCUGUCAGCGACAGAGCGAUGGUGAACGGGCUGUCCUGCAACGUGGUGCAACUGCCUGGCAUGGGAGGCGUCUUCAGGCUGGCACCUCCUGUCACUGUGUCGGCGGAUGAGAUUGAGGAGGGCUUGAGGAUUCUGGAUGAGUCAUUUGCUUACGUGCUCGGCGAGAGAGGGCUUCUAGGUAAAUAA